AUGUUGGCAUACAUUUUUAUUUACUUUUCAGUUAUCGCUAAUAAUGCAGGGAUUCGGAAGUACCUUGCAAGCCAUCCGCCACUUCGAAUCGACGGGAUACAUCCGUACAUCCAAUGCAGGAGGCGAUGCAUUUACGGCAUUGUUCCGCAUCCAGUUCCUGUCGCUCAAGAUGUUUUGUUUGAUAUCGAGUCCGUCUCUCAAAAGCAAGACCGGACGAAACUCACUCGCCCCACACAGUCAAAGCUUAUCAGCACCCCUCCUGAACGAAAAUCCCCUGUUACGGAUUCAGGAACAGAACGACGGAAAACGCUAACAUUGGACGAAGACCAAUAUUGCUCUGUAUUUUCGACUGAAGAUUUCCCGCUGGUCGGUGACUGCAGCAAAAAAGGUGUUUUCGAAUACUGGAAGAAUUAUAACUACGACGAGGAGGUUUCGGCCCAGAUGGAACUGAAUCAAGCCUGGCAUCAAGUUUCAUGUGUAGAGCAGCAAGUCGGAGCAAGGCAGGAGGCUGAACUCGAAGCGUCUUUAAAAAUGCAAGACGGGCAAAUUCUCCGUACUAAUUUGCGUUCGCCUGUCUUCUAUCCAUGGGACUGGGCGUGGAAGCCUGACAUUCAUACCACUUUCUUUCUUUCUUUCUUUCUUUCUUUCUUUCUUUCUUUCUUUCUUUCUUUCAACAUGCGUACUAUGUGGUCACUUCUUUCUUUCUUUCUUUCUUUCUUUCUUUCUUCCUUUCUUUCUUUCUUUCUUUCUUUCUUUCUUUCUUUCUUUCUUUCAACAUGCGUACUAUGUGGUCACUUCUUUCUUUCUUUCUUUCUUUCUUUCUUUCUUUCUUUCUUUCUUUCUCACUGA